AUGGGCGCUGUGCCCCCCGGCAAUGCUCGCCUCAACGAGCUGCUGGAGCAGAUCAGGGCCGAGUUCGACAGCCAGCAGCGCCAGACUGAGAACUUUGAGCAUCAGAUCUCAGCGCAGGUCAGCGAAAUGCAGCUGGUGCGAGAAAAGGUCUACGCCAUGGAGCAAACCCACAUGACGCUCAAACAAAAAUACGAGGAGGAGAUCAACAUGUUGCGGCAUCAGCUCGAGGUCGCUCGCAAGGGAGCUCCGCAAGCAGGCCUCCAGGGCCCUCCUCAGCACGCUGGGCCCUCCCAGCAGCCUCCCUCGAUUGCGCCUGGGAACAACCUCUUUGGCGGCAUCAUUGGCAACCCGGGAGGCCUUGCGCCGCCUCAGCCCCAGGCUCCUCCCCAGGAGCAGCAGAUGGGCCCUCACCACCACCAGAUGGCCCAAGGCCCUCCGGGACUGCCCGCUCCCCCCCCGCACCCCAACGCGCCGCAGCAGCAACAGCAGCAGCAGCCGCCGCAGCAGCCUCCGUACCAGCAGGCCUAUCCUCAAGGCCCCAAUGGCAUGGGCCCUCAGCCUCCGCCAAGCACGGCCUCGCCUGGUCCGGGCCGACGAGCCAUUGGCCGCCCGCCGAACGCUGUCGGGCCUGCGACGCCCCAGAUCAACACCCCCGUGCCGUAUCCCGGCAAUGCCCAGUCUCCGCAAGUGAGCCACCCGACUCCCGACCACGCUCGCAUGGGCGGCCCCCGAGCCCCUCCCCCUCCCAUCAGCAAUGCCCUCGGUGAUCUCGAGGUCGACGCCGUCGCCCCCCACAACAAGAAGACGGGCAACGACUGGUACGCCAUCUUCAACCCGCAGGUCCAGCGCGUCCUGGACGUCGACCUGGUCCAUUCCCUGACCCACGAGAGCGUCGUCUGCUGUGUCCGCUUCAGCCAUGACGGCAAGUAUGUCGCCACGGGCUGCAACAAGUCGGCCCAGAUCUUUGACGUCCAGACGGGCGAAAAGGUCUGCGUCUUGGAGGACCAUAACGCCACCGACAUGGCUGCCGACCUCUACAUUCGCAGCGUCUGCUUCAGCCCCGACGGCCGAUAUCUGGCUACCGGUGCCGAAGACAAGUUGAUUCGGGUGUGGGAUAUUGCCACUCGAACCAUCCGCAACCACUUCUCGGGCCACGAACAGGACAUCUACUCGCUUGACUUUGCGCGCGACGGCCGCACCAUCGCUUCGGGCAGUGGCGAUAGGACCGUCCGUUUGUGGGAUAUUGAGCAAGGCACCAACACCCUGACGCUGACGAUAGAGGAUGGCGUCACCACCGUUGCCAUUUCUCCCGACACGCAGUUCGUCGCCGCCGGCUCGUUGGACAAGAGCGUUCGUGUCUGGGACAUCAUGACGGGCUUCCUGGUCGAGCGUCUGGAGGGACCCGAUGGGCACAAGGACAGCGUGUACUCGGUGGCGUUUUCGCCCAACGGCAAGGACCUGGUCAGCGGCAGUCUGGAUCGCACGAUCAAGAUGUGGGAGCUUAGCUCGCCUCGCGGCCCUCCCAGCUCCGGUACCAAGGGCGGCAAGUGCGUCAAGACGUUUGAGGGCCACCGAGACUUUGUCCUGUCCGUUGCGCUGACCCCCGACGCCAACUGGGUCUUGUCCGGCUCCAAGGACCGCGGUGUCCAGUUCUGGGACCCCCGCACGGGCACGACGCAGCUCAUGCUUCAGGGACACAAGAACUCUGUUAUUUCGGUAGCUCCUAGCCCCCAGGGCGGCUACUUUGCGACUGGUUCCGGUGACAUGAAGGCUCGCAUCUGGUCUUACCGCCCUUAUUAG